AUGAAAAUAUUUUCAAGUGGCCUACAAAUUGAAAACAGUCGAGAGGAGGAUCAGGGUAAAUAUGAAUGUGUGGCUGAAAAUUCUGUGGGUACUGAACAUUCCAAGGCUACUAACUUAUAUGUUAAGGUGCGUAGAGUACCACCCACAUUUUCACGACCCCCAGAGCCCAUUAAUGAAGUGAUGUUAGGAUCAAAUCUUAAUCUCUCUUGCAUAGCAGUGGGUUCACCUAUGCCGCAUGUUAAAUGGAUGAAUGGCGCCCAAGAUUUAACCCCUGAAAAUAAUAUACCAAUUGGCCGUAACAUUAUUGAAUUGACUAAUAUCCAGCAAAGCGCCAAUUAUACUUGUAUAGCAGCCUCUUCAUUGGGUCAAAUUGAAGCCACAGCCGUGGUUAAAGUUCAAUCUUUACCUACCGCACCCACAGAUGUACAAAUUUCUGAAGUUACAGCCACCUCUGUACGUUUGGAGUGGUCUUAUAAAGGCCCCGAAGACUUACAGUAUUAUGUGAUACAAUAUAAACCUAAAAAUGCUAAUCAGGCUUUUAGCGAGAUUAGCGGUAUUAUAACCAUGUUUUAUGUGGUACGAGCAUUGAGUCCUUAUACUGAAUACGAAUUUUAUGUGAUAGCUGUAAAUAAUAUAGGAAGAGGACCACCAUCGAUACCAGCGACUUGUACCACUGGCGAUUUUACAUAUGGUGGAGCAAGUGAUAAAACUCCGCCUGGUUUUCCUGUCAUUACACAGGGUCCUAGUACGCGUGUCAUUGAAGUUGGUCAUACGGCAACGAUGCAGUGUAAAGCAAUUGGUAAUCCCACACCAAAUAUAUAUUGGAUUAAAAAUCAGACAAGAGUUGACAUGAGUAAUCCAAGGUAUUCGAUAAAAGAAGGUUAA